UCCCUCUUGACAAUCCCUCUUGACAAUCCCUCUUGACAAUCCCUCUUAAUACUCCCUCUUAAUACUCCCUCUCGAUACUCCCUCUUGACCUUCCAUCGCGCAGCCACCGUCUCUUCCAUACCCCACCAGCGCCCAAUGUCCACUCCGCCCCUCCUUCCCCUCGAGAAGGGCCAGCAUCCUCUGCCUCCAGCCCCAAAGCCCCUUCGUCUGCGCGGCGUUCUUUUCUACCUCGCUGCCGUCCUGCUCUUCUGGGCCGUCGUCCCCAGCAACCUCCUGCGGUCGCUCGCAAAGUCUCUUGUUCGCAGCACGGCCGAUCCUCUCGCCGAUCCCCUUGCCGAUCCCCUUGCCGAUCCCCUUGCCGAUCCCCUCGCCGGCCCGUCCUGCGAGCAGCCCGCGCCCCUGUUCCCUCAGCUCGAUCCCCUCAUCUCGCAGCAUUAUGAUCUGAUCUUUUCCUCGGACAAGUACCACGCCCUCGCUGCCGAGCAUCUGUCCAAGGCCAUCCAGAUCAAGACCGUCUCGUAUGAUGACAUGCGCCGGGUUGUUGCCGGCGACCCUCGUCUGCUGCCCUUCCUUGAUUUCCACCGCCUGCUCGAGUCGCUCUAUCCGAAUGUUCACCAGAACCUCACCCGGGAGGUCAUCAACGAGUACGGCCUGCUCUACUCUUGGCCCGGCACCAACCCCGACCUCAAGCCCCUGCUGCUGAUGGCCCACUUUGAUGUCGUUCCUGUCGCCGAUUCCUCGCUCGACCAGUGGGAGUAUCCGCCCUUCUCCGGCGCCAUCGAGAAUGGUCGUGUCUGGGGACGAGGCGCUUCCGAUACCAAGGGCACCCUCAUGGCCAUCCUGGAAGCUGUUGAGAUUCUGCUGGGCCUGGAUUUUCAUCCGGCGCGUGGAAUCUAUCUCGCCUUUGGAUUCGACGAAGAAAUCAACGGCUUCAAUGGUGCCGGUCACAUCGCACAAACCCUCAAGGAUCGCCACAUUGAUUUCGAGUUUAUUGUCGACGAAGGCACCGGCUUGGCCGACAACUACAAUACCACCUUUGCGCUUAUCAGCACAGCAGAGAAGGGCUAUCUCGAUGUUCAGAUCAAUGUCACCGCUCCUGGCGGCCAUUCCUCCAUGCCUCCGCCUCAUACCGCCAUCGGCAUCCUUGCCGAUGCGCUCGUGCAUAUCGAGGCCAACCCUCACCACCCAAAUCUCCCCGACAACAACCCCAUGUUCGAUGCCGUCCAGUGCUUCGUCGAGCACGGCCAUCAUGUUGAUCCCAAGCUCAAGAAGCUAGUUCAGCUUGCCAAACAUGACUCACAUCAUCGCAAGGCAUUGGUUGACUAUCUCUCCAAGAACUACGUGCUUGGUCUGCAGAUGCUCACAACCCAGGCGGUCGAUGUCAUCCAGGGCGGUGUUAAGGUGAAUGCCCUGCCCGAAUCGGUCUUCGCCCUCGUCAACCACCGCGUGGCAGUCGACUCUUCGACCACUCAUGUGCUCAAGCGUCUUCAUGACACCCUGAGUCCGCUCAAGAAGAAAUACGGAAUCGAAAUUGUCGACAACUGGGGAGAGGACGGGAUCCAAACGAACAAUGCUGCCGACCCGAUCGUCCUCACCAUCAGCCCCGUCCAAAUCCUGGAGCCCUCACCCCUGACCCAGGCCAAGGGCAGAUCUUGGGACACUCUCGCUGGCACCGUUCGACGAGUGUUUGGCGCCCACGUCGUUGUCUCUCCCAGUCUUAUGUUUGGCAACACCGACACCCGCCACUACCUCGAUCUCUCUCACAACGUCUACCGCUUCAGCCCCGCUCACCAGAAUCAAGCCGGCGGAGUCCACACCGUCAAUGAGUACAUUGAGAUCCAUGGCUUUGUUGGCAGCGUCAAGUUCUAUCACGAGCUCAUCCGUAACUUUGUGGAGACCGCCUAGAUCAGUUCCAAGAAGCACUAUACCAAUUCGGCCAACCUCUCCACUGCUAUAAUUGAAGUGGCAUCAAUCGAACAGGAUCAAAUAUAAACUUGUGCUCCAUAUCUGGC